AGCCCCCAAGUGAAGAACAUCUCGCGGCAUCCGGAUUUUCCCAGCGGGUCAAUACAAAGCCAAAGGCAGCAAAUGAAAUCGCUGAACGGCAAUUAAUGGACGCCAAGAGCCAACUUUCAAUUGAGUUUCGUGCCACAGUCGUUGUUGCUGCCACAUAUUGCUUUUGAUAUUUUGCGGCGGUGUUUGUGUCUGUGUGACUCUGCAAUAUGGCGAAGUGUUUUGUGCUGAAAAAUGUUAACCAAGUUUAGGCCGAGCGCUCUCUAAUCCCUUCAGUUCGGCUUGUUGCCAACAAAAAAAAAAGAAAAUAAAAAGAAGAGAAAUAUCAACGAAGAAAAGCGGAGUUCCCGUAGACACAUUCGUUUCGCAAUUUGGGAAGAGAUGAGUGGUCUGGGUCCGGCGGCCUGUUGGCUGGCCCACAAGCGCAUCGAGUCCUGGUCACGGAUGGCCAAGGAGCGAGUGGGCGCAGUGCGUCGCGUCACCCUCGAUCGGAAUUCGGCGGACGAGGGAUCACCGAGUGGGAGUGGUAGUAGCUCCACCACCGGUGGUGCCAGUGGCUCUGGUGGCAACGGGUCGUCGGUGGUGCACAUCCUGCCGAUGGGGGAGGGCUCCACCACACCGCCGCCACAACCCAUGACCCCGCCGCCAUCGGCCUCGUCGGUCACCUCGACCACCAGCGGAAUUGGCAGUGUUUCGGCCGGUAGUGUCAGCGAUAGCUGUGAUUUGCCCACGGACUCGGAGGAGGUAGCCAUUGCCAAGGAAUGCCAGCCCAUACAGCCGGCCAGCCAAAUGCAUGGAAUGCACGGCGGCAUGGGCCUCAACCAUCACCACAUGGGCACGGUUUCGGCCACCGGAACGGACAUCUUGCGCGGACCCGCCGAGGUGUUCCACAGUCCGCUGCACUUGCACCACCAGAGCCGCUCCUUCCCGCCGCGCCUCCAGCGCACGCCGUCCAUCUCCAGCCAGAGCAGCGUGGACAGCGCCCCAUCCAGGCAUUCGGGUCAUCGUGGAUCCUCGCCACAGAUAAGGACCUUUGGACCGGACGGACGUAGCUCCCUGCCGAGUGAGCCGGCAUUUCCGCACCAUUUGGCCAGAUCUCCCAGUCCCAUGCGAACCAUUUCAUUGGAUGCCCGCUGCGGCAGUCCUGCACACUCGGCGGAUCCUGGGGAUCUGAGGACACCCAGUCCCUCGCAAAGCAGCUUGGCAUCAUUGGCCGGAGGAUCGGGAAUGGGAGGCGGUAGCUCGGGAAAGGGCGUGGCCGGUGGUCGUUGCCUUUCGCCGCUGCUGAUACCGCCACGAUCCCAGCCCGGAGUGGAUCCCGCCAUGGGUCCCGCCUCCCCGCUGGGAGCCCUUCAACCCGAUCUCUACCGAUUGCCCGACGGACCCGUUUAUCUCACAGCUCCGGAAUCCAGUCACGCCGUGGGCCGAUUGCACCUGCGUGUGAAGUACGACUAUCACCUGUUCGAUCUGACGGUGCAUCUGAUUGAAGCUCACAGUCUUAGUCCCAUCGAGGAGGGUGGUUUCCGGGAUCCCUAUGUCCGGCUGAUGUUGCAACCGGAAGUCGACAGCAGGAAGCGGCAGACCCACAUCCAUCGUGGUGAAUCGAAUCCCUAUUUUGACCAGCACUUCAAGUUCCCGGUUUCCCGCGAUCAGCUCCAAGGCAAGGAGCUGAUCCUCCAAGUGCUAGACUACGAUCGCUAUUCACACAACGACAUUAUCGGAGAGGUUCGCAUCUCUGUGGAUGGUCUGGAUCUCUCCAAGUCGGUGGAGAUCUGGGGAGACUUGCUGCGCACCAAGAAACCCAAGGAGGAUCGACCGGAGCUCCUUUGCUCCUUGAACUAUUUACCGCAGGCUGAGCGAUUGACAGUUGUCAUUAUGAAGGCCAGAAAUUUGGAAACUCUUCAGGAACCAUAUGUGAAGAUUUACCUGAUUCAAAACGGCAAGCGCAUCAAGAAGAAAAAGACGAGCAUUACGAAGUCCGACGAUCCCACCAACCCCAUUUGGAACGAGGCGUUCACGUUUAAUUUGCAAUCAAAUUAUCUCCACAAUGCAGCCAUCGAGAUCUAUGUGGUGGGUGCUGGGAGCGAGGCCGCGGAAAUCGGAUGCUGCGGCUUGGGGCCCCAGGAAAGUGGAACUGGAUGCCAGCACUGGCACGAUAUGAUUAACAAUGCCCGCAAGCCCACGGCCAUGUGGCACUAUAUCCGCUAGGCCAUUAUGCCCUAUUAUCAACUAUGAUUUUCCACUACAAAAAAAAAACAAGAAAAACAUUCAAUUGCUCUCACAUUGCGUCUAUAUAGGUGUACUAAUAACGUAACCGUGUCUGUGUGAAUUUUCCAAUUGCAUUUUUGGGCGGUUCGCCGCCCCCAAAGCUUAUAUUGUUCUACGAAAUCAAAAUCUCAUCUCUAUAUAUACAGAUAUAUAUAUGAUAUAUGUACGCUGCAGCUAACUAGCCCUCCAAGAAGCUCAAUCAAAAGUUCCUAAGCAACGACAGAAACUUCGAAAAAAAUGAAUGUCCAUGAAAAUUAUAUUUGUGGAUAAUUGGUUUAACGGUUCUGUUUCUUUAUAUUUUUUGUUGUGCAUUUUGUGCAACCUCUUGAGAAAAUACAAAACACACACAAUCUGAAGAGAAAACCGGGAAGGAAGGGUACAAUAGGAAAUCGGUAAUCGCAGAAACCAAAACCAAAAACUGUCAGCCAGACUUGUUGACAUUUCCAUCGACUUCAGCAGACACUUGAGGAGCCUGCCGCCUCCUUUUCGCAAGGAGGGCAUUCAAGUGUGCAUUUCUUAAAUAAUUAUGAAUACACCGCACGGGGAAUAAUAAUAAUAAUUCCUAUAGGUGAGUGGUCGUCAAUCAUGCAGGAAGUCGCCCUUUUGUGCCGCCGACAGUUGACAAAUUGCCAUCGCCAUUCGCUGUUGUCCUUUUGCCAUUCGAUCCUGUGUGCGUUUGUCGUUUUCUCGUCGACUGUUUGUCAAACAGGACACAAAAAAAAGAAGAGCGAGAAGUGAAGUGAAGAGAACUUAUGCUAAUUGUUAAGUUAAAUACAUAUAAUUCCUUCCAGCCGAGUACGUCUAUCAAGAAACUCACCAAAGAGCAUUUCUCGAGCACUUUAACCUAUUUUAUAUGUACUUACAACGAGUAUUCCGAAUGCAUCUGAAUAACAAGAAAUGAGGGUUGGUCGAUGAUUUCUUUCCCAUAAAUCUAUGAGUGUACUUUUGGUGUUGUCGCAUGAACUAACUAGGGGAGUCGGUUCUUAUAAUGUGUGUAAAAUAUGCUACUUAAUCCCAGUAAAUAUAUUGCAGAAUACAAAAACUGAAUGUGUGUGUAACUUAAAAUUAAACAAAGACUUGAAAAAUACAUAGCACUGCACGUGUUAACUAGACAAAAAAAGUACAUACUCUAAGGAGAGCCAGCAUAUAAAUAUAUAUAUUAUACACUAUACUUAUACAAGUUUUUCUAAACGCAUCCUUCUACACAAUUUGUCCCAUGCCAGAGGAAACACAGAGAACAACAUUGCUGACAUGAAGAAAAUAAACCGAAACAACAGAACAACAGGAUAAAU